AUGAAUGGAUCGACAGCUUUCCACGACGAGCCGCCGGCUCCCAAGCGAAGACAGCUCUCCAACCGAGUUCCCCGAGCUUCUCAGGCUUGCAAUUCUUGUGCAGCAUCCAAGGUGAGGUGCGAUGAUUCGACGGCGUGUCGACGCUGUCGCCAAAAGGGCAUCGAAUGCAUCAGAUCCCAUCCUGCUACUUCAGGUGGAGAUGAUGGAGACAUGGGGAUGCUAUCCCAGGUUAGUGAUUGUGUCCGGAGAUCUCUGUCCAACCAAGGGCAUCGACGAGAUUCAGAAACUGUCCGUCCCCGUCAGCUGCUACCACCGACUUCUCAAGAGAUCACAUCCAUGGAAUCGGCCAUAUGUGGAGAGGACGGUAUCAGCACCAGCGGAACAGUAGACAGCCAUGGUAGUCACCAGCCCCCGGUUCUCUCGACGUUGCCCGCCAUGGACGACCGAGGGUCCAUCAGCAACGCCGUAUCUCCUCCUAUCAACCCAGCACUGGUCUCCGGCAACUACCUGUUUGAUAGGCUCUCGCCGCUACACAGUCAAUCUGACUUCUUGGGAUUCGACCUUGGCCUUGAGGCAUCAAUGCUAUAUUCAAUGGCACCGCUGCUCGUUCCCGGCUCCAACGCUGACCUUGAACCGGCAGCCAUGACGCCCAAGAGCCUCUCUUGUGAUGAGUCUGGCGUUUCCGACGAGGCCAACAAGACUUACACUGCCACCCUGGGGAGUUGGAAGCCAGUUCCAGGAGACUAUCUUGAAAUGGACAGGUGCAACCUCUUCCUAUCGGCAGCCCAGGAAGAUUCCAUGGCUGGGAGAAUGGGCUCCUUUGACCCGACUGUCAUCAAGCAGCAUUUGACCUCGUUCAAGCGAGAUCAAAUCAUGUAUCUGAUAUCUGGCUCCAGCUGUAAUCCCAAGCUCAUGCCAGCAGCGAUGUCCUUUCCUUCGGCCAAGAUCCUCGACGAGAUGCUUCGGAUUGCUCUGACCCGGCAAAGAGACGACAUCACCAAUAUGAUUCACCUUCCCACUUUCAAUCCAUCACAUUGUGACAUUACGCUUCUUAUUGCCUUGAUUUGUGCCGGAGCGUCCUUCUCGGCCAACUCCUUAGCUCACAAGUUCGGACUCGCACUGACCGAAGUAUUGCGAACCCAAGUGAUCAGUUCUGGGGAUCGCGAAAAUCAUUUGACCCGCAUAUUACCAUAUGUGCAGGCCUUCGUCCUUGCUUCUGAAGUAGGACUCUGGAGCGGGGAUCAGCGCAAGUCCGAGAUGUCUGAUGUCUUGACUGUGUACCGCCAUUUCACCCAAUGUUCACGUCGGUCCGUAUUUAGGAACACAACACCUCAAGUCUCCUACCGUGAACUCUCGACACCGAUCCCCUGCCAUCCCGAGCUCUGGUUUGCAUCAUCGUCAACAGAGUGGAGAUCAAAAUAUCUACAGCUUCAACCCCAAGGUCACCAACACAGACUCAAUCUUGCCCAUUGUCUUGCCCGGCCGGCUGUUUUCAAGGCCUUUUCGCCCAUGCAAGAUCCUGGACUAGCCAAUCUGGCCGUCCUUUCAUCCAUCAUGACGAUGCUGGUCGAAGACCGUCUCCAGGUCAUGGUGUUCAGAUCCUUCCCCGAUCCGGAAAGGCCUGCCCAAGGCUUCGAAGGAGUUGGCCCCGACCGGCACAUCACCAAACUCCUAGACGAGACAAGGGGCUUGUUAGAAUCCGAUACACCUCCAGCCUGGCCCAACUCGCCUGCCACUACAUUUCUGGUAAUAUUCAACACGUUCCAUUCCUCAGCACCCAUGUGCUUGAUUGAGACUCUAUUUGGGAACGAAAAACACAGAUCCGCGCGAGAAGCACGCAUCGAGCUCAAGGAAUGGGUAAAGACCCGAUUAGGGAGAAAUUCAGUUUGGCAAGCUGCCCAGGUCCUUCGGGCCUCCAGGGCACUACCACCACAAGAUCGGACAGACUUUCACGUCUUUGCGGCGUAUCAGGCCAUCCAGUGCCUCUGGGUAUAUGGGAACAUCCACGAGCGGGGGCUACAAACUCAGAAUCUACCUGCACAGGAUGGAACAGCGCCAAUGCUCCUGCGAGACAACUUACCCGUGAUCCGAGUGGAUGGAGCCGAGUCGCUCGAGUCCCAGCGUUGGAUUAGUCACGGCAAAGGGAUUCCGUUCAUUCCACGGUCCAGUGAAGAGAUAGGAAUCCCUUCCGAUAGAGCUACGGAUCUAAUACCCCUUGCUGCUAAUCUUGGUGGCGAAGGGAGCCUCACUGAGUCUUUGGUGGGCAUGAUGAAGCACUGCUUUUCACCCACAGUCACAGGGAAACAUUUCCCGAUACUUGAGCACGUGUGUCAAAUAUUAGAUGCGCUAGGGCGUUGA